UUUACAACCAGAUAACAUUUGUUUUAUUUCAAGGGUUGUGAUGUUAAUGACCUUUCGACUAGCUCGUCUCCGCCUACAAAUUGUCCACCACCACCACCACCCCUACCACUCCCAACUGAUGAACUUAUGGGUGGUGGGAGUUCAGUUGAAGGUAGCAGAGCUGCAUUAUUUAAAGAGAUUAAUCAGGGAGAAAAUAUAACUAAGGGUUUGCGUAAAGUCACAUCAGACCAGCAAACCCAUAAGAAUCCAAACUUAAGAAUUCAAGCUGCUUCCCCAUACAAGGGUCCAGCUACCACUGCUCGUCCAUUCAAACCAUACAGUAGUGGAUCGGGGUCUUCUACUGCAACAUCUCAGAAGCCAAGUAAGCCACCAAAGAUUGAGCUGGAGGGAAAGAAGUGGAUUGUUGUAAGUAGGAGGAAGUGUGUCGGCACUGAUCAUAGUCUUAAACUAUUUAACCACCAGGUGAUUAAGAUGCCAGAGUGUUUAACAGUUCUGUUUCAUAUAUUCUAUUUAGAUUCAUGCAAGAAAACGUCAGUAGUGUUUGAUGAUAUUGUUUCUUCUGUGGAAUUCGUAAAUUGUGAGAGAGUCCAAGUCCAAUGCAUGGGCAAGUGUCCUACGAUUGCCAUUGAUAAAACAGAUGGUGCCCAGCUGUUUCUUAGUAAGGAGUCCCUCGAAGCCCAGAUAAUUAGUUGCAAGUCUUCUGAGAUAAAUGUCUGCAUUCCACAGCCAAAUGGUGACUAUGUAAGUGCUCCUAAAAUUAAUAUUAAAGAAUUAAUUACAUAAUUUCCCCUCUGGUGA